UCUAUCCUCUUUCUUCUUCCUCUUUCGUGUGUAGAAAUUUCACAACCUUUGGAACAAUUAUAACUCUUCGUCUUUGCAACUGGAGAAGUAUCUAUACUCAUCGCAGGUAAGGUUUGGAUAUUUCCCUCCAGAAAUAUACUUAUGGCUGGAGAAUGUUCGUCCAGUGAGAGUGGAGUUUCAUCACACGCAAGCAGUUCUCAUGAACAGCAAGACAAGGUUGGCAUGCGAGGUAGUAGCUUAAUCAGCAGCGUAGCUCAUCAUAUCCCUCUUGAUCUAACGAUUGAGAUUCUGACGAGAUUGCCGGCUAGAUCUCUUAAGAGGUUCCAAUGUGUAUCCAAGGAAUGGAUAUCCGUGAUCCGAAACCGAGUAUUCAUUGAUUCCUUCUGCUCAGUCUCCCGAACUCGGUCACGGUUUCUGGUCGCUGUUCGUAUUGCUGAGAACCGUGUAAUCCUCUUAUCUACAGCACCCAAUGAAACAGAGUUACCAUCACCCAAUGAAACAGAGUUACGCUGUUGCCAGCUGAACCCUAUUCUUUAUUCUUCUUUGCAUACCUAUCUUGAAAUGACAUUGCCUGGUUUGCCUGUGGACCUUGUUCAUUGCUCUUCCAUCCAUGGAUUGUUUUGUUUGUCACAUCCUUCAGAUCCAGGUCGAUUCACAAUAUGUAACCCUAGCACCAGACAAGUCAUAACAUUACCGAAUAUCAAAGCUUCUAGUGGUAGAAGAAGAGAGAACAUAUCUAUGUUCUUGGGAUAUGAUCCUGUUGCUAAUGAAUACAAAGCAUUUUGUAGCACGACUUGGCAUGGUGAACCUUUUCAAGAGCACAAGGUUUUAACAAUUGGAGGAGGAAAGCUUUCUUGGAGAAGCAUCAAAGGUAGAAUAACCCCUCGUUAUACUGUUGUAACAAAUGGAAUAUGCAUCAAUGGGAUGUUGUUCUACGGUGUGUUGACUAACCGACAAAUAGAGAAGAGAUCAUUGUGGAUUAUUCGAUUUAACCUUAGAGGUGAGUGCAUAGGUUCUAUCAGCACAUAUCCGCAGGUCACGAAACAUGGAUCAUUGAUAAACUACAAUGGGAAGUUAGCCGCGGCUAGUCCCUUGCCAGGUGGUCCUCUCGGUAGUUUUGAAUUGUGGGUUCUAGAUGACUUCGACAACAAACGCCGAUGGCUAAGGACGCAACUAAAUGUCUACCCUUUGCUGUUGCGUUUGUCCGGGAAUAUUGAGUUAAAAGUCUUAGGCAUGAACAAGAGAAACGAAGUCGUUUUAGUUCCGCUAAAGUUUCCUCCCAAGCACGAGCCAUUGUACAUUUACUACAACAACAAAGGAAGAGAGGAUCACUUAGUCAGAAGAGUUGAACUUAGAGGAUUUGAAGAGUUUGGGUGCAAUCAUACAAGUGAAGAGAAAUGUGUUUGUCAGGUCCUCUUCUCACCGGAACACUUUGAAAGUCUCAUGUCUUUAUAAUUUGUUUUAGUUUUGAUUUUCUUUAAUUUAAGUUUGUGUUUCUAUCUUUUUUUU